CUUGCAAAAAAUCAAACAAACACGGAUACAUUUUUAAUAAAUAAAUAGAAAUACCUGAUUCUAUCGAAACAAGCUUUCGCUUUAAACGAUUCGAAAUUUCAAAUAAAUAAUUGUUAACACCUUAGCAUCUCAUUGUUGACUUCGCAAAGUUUUGGGGAAUAACAAAUCCGUUCUUAUAAAAUCAAAGAUCAAUUUAUACGAUGGAAGAAGUCAAUACGGAAGUCAAGGACAUACCCGUUUUAGAAACGGUGGAAGAUAUCGAAAACAGGAGGCAUGAAGUCCUUAACCAUUACCUAGCGGUGAAGGAGCAGAGCAAAGAAAAGAGGCUCAAGCUGGAGGAUUCGAAAAAGCUGCAAUUCUUUAAGUCGGACGCCAACGAGCUCGAGUCCUGGAUCUACGAAAAAAUGCAGAUCUUGAACGACGAAAAUUUUAAGGACGUUACCACUAAUUUGCAGGCCAGGGUAAAAAAACAUCACGCGUUUGAAGCCGAGGUCGUGGGGCAUAAAAGCUUUUUGGAUACACUUGACAAGUCCGGUCAAGAAAUGGUGAAGACAAGCCAUUACGCAUCAAGGGAAAUUCAGGAAAGACUGACUGAGCUGCAUGAGAUGUGGGAUGGCUUACGGGUCAAGAGUCGCGAAAAGAGUGCAUACCUUGCCCAGCUCCAACGACUUGCGGACUUUGUUCGCGAGUGCAACGAGGUACAAUACUGGCUCAACGAUCGCCACACUUUUCUAUCCAGCUUUGCUACCUCUUGGGAUUUGCAAGAGCACACCACAACCGGAAGCGCGCAUGACGAGUUUGAUGACCUCGACCGGGUUGGCUUACUUAAUAAAAAGUUCGAGGACUUUAGGAAGGAAUUAAGCCUAUAUCAGGACAAGCUAAAAGCUAUAAACCAAAGUGCUAAUAACCUGAUAUCAGAGAAGCACCCCGACAGCAACAUAAUAGAGGAAAAAAGGACCGAAUUGAACAGUUCUAUGAAGAAUUUGAUAGAACUUAGCGAACAAAGGGAAAACAAGCUAAAAGGUGCCCACCAAAUCCAGGGAUUCAAUAGGGAUGCUGACGAGAUAAUAUUUUGGAUAAACGAGAAGGACGCCAUUUUAUCGAAUGACGAGACAGGCCGUGACCUAGUCGAGGUUCAAUCGCUCAUCAAAAAGCAUGACGGGAUCGAAACCGAGCUGAAAUCAUUAUCCGAAAAGAUCGAGGGAUUGGAACGCGAGAGCCUGCAAUUGAAAGAAGCUUACCCAGAUGAGCACGUCAAAUUGUUAGGGAAGUACGAUGACAUUUACAACGCCUGGUCAAUCCUACGACAGAAAAUGAUAAAACGACGCGAGAAGCUGGAAAAGUCGCUGGAGUACCAUAGUUUUUUUGCCGAUUACCGGGACCUGCUAUCCUGGUAUAACGACAUGAAAUCCACUAUAAAUGCCAUGGAACUUGCUAAAAGUGUGCCCGAGGCUGAAGUCUUAAUCAGCCGCCAUCAGGAGAUCAAGAGUGAAAUAGAUUCCAGGAUGGACAGUUACGAGAAAACGGUUAUGGCUGGACGAAAACUGGUGGAAGAUGGACAAUUUUCUCAUGAAAAUUUACCAAAUAAACUGGAAAAGAUCAAAAACGCCAAAGAGGAUGUAGGGAAACUCUGGGGCGAUUACCAAAAUUUGUUUGAGCAAUGCAUAGACUACCAGUUGUUUUUGCGCGAUACCGACGCAGCGGAAUCGUGGAUGAAGAAGAAGGAGAUCUACCUAGGAAAUGAAGACUUGGGAGAUACGUUAGAUAACGUCGAAGCCUUGAUUAAGGGUUUGGAUGAUUUCGAUAAAUCGUUCGCAGCUCAGGACGAAAAAAUCAAAGGGUUGCAAGAUUUUGCCGGCAAACUUAUUAGGGCGGGUGAUCAUUAUGCUGCCAAAGACGUGAAAAUCAGGCUCGAGGGACUUUCGGAAAAACGUAACGAUUUACUGGAAAAGGCAGCCGGUAGAAGAGAAAGACUUGAGGAAGCACUGCGUUAUUACUUGUGUUUGAGGGACUGCGACGAGAUUAAGAGCUGGAUUUCGGAGAAGUUGAAGAUAGCCAAGGACCUUAGUUAUUUGGAUCCCACAAAUUUACCUGGCAAAAUGCAAAAACACGAAAAUUUCGAGGCUGAACUCCUAGCCAAUAAGCCCAGGAUAGAUGCGCUCAUACAUCACGGCAUAGCCAUGAGCUCCAGUUUACAAUUACCUUUUCCCAACAUCGAGAAAAAUGUGGACGAGAUCAAGGCAAUGUGGGAACAGCUGGUCGACGCUUCGGAAGCCAAAGGCGAACAUCUCAAACAGUUACGGCAACAGCUGCAGUAUUCGCGUGACAUCGACGAUAUGGAGCUCUGGAUGAACGAUAUUGAAAACGAAAUAGGGUCCGACGACCAUGGAAAAGAUUUGAAAAGCCUGGAACAUAUGAAGAAAAAACUGAACCGUUUAGAAGACGAAAUAGCGUCUCACGCUGACAAAAUUGAGCAACUCUCCACUGUACCCAUCUCGGUUCAAGGCUUGGAAGGUGCCGUCUUUUCUCAAGAUGACGUGGACCAGAUUCGCUCGACGCCAUCUCCUCUUCUGGGCAGUAAACAGAUGGUGACCAAGUUGGAAGGGAUAGCGGACCGGUACAAACGGUUAACUGAACCUAUCGAGAGCAAAAAGACUAAAUUGAAACAGGCCGAAAGGUGUUUGACCCUCUUUAAGGACAUAGAGGACGAAGAGGUUUGGAUGAGGGAAAAGGAACCUCUCGUCAAUUCCACGAACAGAGGCAAGGAUGCGAUUGGAUGCCAGAAUUUGAUUAAAAAGCAUGCUCUUUUGGUGUCUGAGCUCGAAACUAGGGAACCCAACAUUGUUUCACUCAUCGAACAGGGCAAUAAAAUGAUCAAAGAUGGCCACUUUGCAACACCUGAGAUAAAGGUUCGUUUAGCCAGGUUAGCGGAGAGAUGGAACAGACUCAAGGAUCGGGCUCAGGCCCGCGACCAAGACCUGCAAGCUGCUCUCCAAGUUCAUCAGUUUUUAGCGGAUGCGACCGAGGCUGAAUGUUGGAUGCGAGAGAAAAAGCCAUUGGUCGAGAGCCGUGAUUAUGGCAAGGAUGAAGACAUGGCAGAGGUCUUAUUGAAACGCCACAACUUACUCACCUCAGACUUGGAAGCCUUCUAUCCCACGGUCCGUCAGUUGCAGUCGGUAGCCCAGGCCUGCAAGGCCAGCAAGCAAUCGCAGCUGCAGCAACAUCAGCUCCACCCAAACCUAGAUGUGGUUUCGGGCAAGGAAUCCGUCCAAGCUCUCUUCGAUUACUCCGAGCGAAGUCCCCGAGAGGUGAGCAUGAAGAAAGGCGAUAUCCUAACACUUUUGAAUAGCGGCCAUAAGGAUUGGUGGAAAGUGGAAAUUAACGACAGACAAGGAUUCGUGCCUGCUGGCUAUGUCAAAAAGAUAGAUUCGAACCUGCCCAAGAGCGGUGUUGGAGAUGGUUCAGCUCUUGGUGACCAGGACAUCAUAGCUAUCAGGGAGAAACAGAUCGAACAACAAUACAACGAGCUCAUGAAUCUAGCUAGCGAUCGUCGGGCGGGACUCGAGAGAGCCUUAGAGGCAUUUCGCGUGGUGCGCGAAGCGGCCACUUUAUCGGAUUGGAUAUCAAGGCAAGAGGUCACGGCCGCCGCCCGCGAGGUCGGAGAGGACCUGGAACAAGUUGAGGUCCUCCAAAAACGGUUCGAUGAUUUUCAAAAAGAUAUGAAAGCCAACGAGAUACGGCUGAUUGAAAUGAACGAGGUUGCUUCCAAGCUUCAAGGCAUGGGCCAAGCCGAAGCUGCCGCCAAUAUUAAAUCACAAGUUCAGGAUUUGAACACUAAAUGGGAACAAAUGAAGCAAGCUACCAACGAAAGAUCCGAGGUAUUGAGGACUGCUCACGAGGUCCAAAGAUUCCACAGGGACACAAACGACACUUUGGAGUGGAUAGAAGAAAAAAUGGAGAUUUUGGACAACGAGGAUUAUGGCACCGAUCUCUCUUCCGUAAAAGGGCUUCAGAAAAAGCAAGAAGGGUUUUCAAGGGAUCUCAACGCGCUAGGAGAACGAAUUAACCAUUUGGAGGACACCUCACUGAGAUUGAUCAAAAGUCACCCGGAGAAUGUGGACGAGAUUACGGCCCAAAUGGGCGGCAUCAACAGUGCCUGGAACACACUGACUCGCAAAGCCUCUGAUCAUGACACAAAACUCCAGGAUUCCUACGAUUUUCACAAAUUCUUAGAUGAAUACAACGAUCUUAAUUCAUGGAUCAACCACAUGAAGAAUCAAUUUUCCGCGUUUGAACCUGUCAAUGACGUGACAGCCGCCGAAAUGUUGCUUGAAAAACAUAUGGAUUACAGGAACCAAAUAGAGGCCAGACAGCCUGCUUUCGACGCUUACAAUGUUUUCGGUAACAAACUGCUCCACCGCUCCCAUUAUGAAUCACCCUCCAUCGAGAGCGCCCUCAGAAGUCUUGAGGGAUCUCGCAAAACUCUUGAACAGGAAUGGCUUAAAAAACGUCAGAUUUUAGACCAAUGCCUGGAGAGUCAGCUUUUUUUCCGCGACUGCGAGCUUGCCGAGAAUUGGAUGACAUCGCGUGAGACUUUCCUCAAGUCAUCCACUACCUCCGCCGCGGAAGAGGACGCCAACAUGGCCGACGCUGUCGAAUCACUAAUUAAGAAGCACGAAGAUUUUGACAAGGCUAUCAACGUCCAGGAAGAAAAGAUGGCUAACCUGGAGCACUUUGCUGACCAUCUUGUUUCACUUGGCCACUAUGAUGGUCCCGCGGUAGAUAGGCGCCGUCGCGAUGUACUCAAUCGCUGGGCCUCACUUAAACGAGCCCUGAUCCACAAGCGGGCCGAGUUGAACGAAUGCCGCACCCUACAACAGUUUAGCCGCGAUGCUGAUGAAAUCGAGACUUGGUUAGCCGAAAAGGCCGCCACAGUAGCCGGUAGUGGGACGGAACCCUCGCUCCUGCUCGUAGACCCUACAUCUAUUGAACGCAAGCACCAGAAACACCAAGCCUACGAGGCCGAGCUCGCCGUGAAUGCAGACAGAGUGCAAGCCCUGGUAGCUACCGGGGCCAAUCUAAUAGCCCGCGGGCGUUGCGGGGGUUCGGAGGGGGCUGUAGAAGACCGCCUUCGCACCCUUGGGCAGCAAUGGGAUGCCCUCACUGCGCGGUCACGCGCCAAGAGCACUGCUUUGAAAGAGGCCCACAAGAAGCGUUCCUUCGGGGCCGCCCUAAAGGACUUACAAUUUUGGCUUGAGGAGGUCCGGGCCGGGAUUGAACCUGGUAAUACCGGCGCCGGGGAAGAGGCUGGCAGCGGUGCAGUAGGAUACGCCAAUCUCGCAGCGGCCCUGAAAAAGCAAGCCGCCUUGGAAGCCGACCUGGCGUCUCACGAGGACACGGUUAAUGCCAUGAACCAAAUGGCAUCUGACAUUUUCUCGUCCGAUACCUCUACCACUCUCAUGGAUGGUGCCCGAGCUGAGGCCGGAGAGGCGGAGGCUGAAAGUCGGCGAUUUACCGAACAGUUCGAAUCCCUAAAACGAGCCUCCAUCGAGCGGAGAGCACAGCUAGAGGAGGCGGAUGCCGUUCACAACUUUCUUCGGGACGUGGACCACGAGGAAGCCUGGAUCGAGGAAAAAUUGUUACUCUUGGAUUCGGAUGAUUAUGGGAAGGAUAUGAUGAGCGUUCAAAAUUUGAGGAAGAAGCAUAAACGAUUCGAAAUGGAAACUACAAACCACGAGGCCAAUAUUCAAAGUCUGACCGAGCUCGCUUCUCAGAUUAAAGCCGAGUGCCCAAAUUACGGGGGUUCUGAAAUAGAUUCACGUCUCUCAGCCCUCGAAUCCGCUUGGGAACGUCUCCGAACCACUAUAGGGUCUCGCGGACGUGGGCUCGAUGACAGCCUCACGUUUCAACAAUUUAACACCGACGUGCAAGAGGAGACCGGCUGGAUCAAGGAGAGCGUCCGCUUGGCCAACAUCGAGGAUUAUGGACAAAAUAUGGCCUCCGUACAGAGUUUGUUGAAGAAGCAUGACAUUUUUAAUGACGUUUUGGAAACGCACGUGAAUCGUUGUCAGGCUAUCGAAAAUAUCGGACAAGAACUGUCUAACGAAGGCAAUAUGCACGCCCAAGCUAUACUGGAAAAGUGUCGAACCCUUAAAGACAAAAUGGAAAACUUAUCAACUGUCAUUGGAACGCGUAGAAGCCGACUCGAAGAGAACCUUGCCUUUAUGCAGUUCAUGUGGAAGGCCGACCUAACUGAAAAUUGGAUAACCGAUAAAGAGACAUAUGCCAAGAGCGAGGAUUAUGGCCAUGAUCUCUCCUCUGUCGUCAGUCUGCUGGCGAAGCACGACCAUUUUACUCGCAGCCUAAACUGUUUUGAGGAUGAAGGCGCCUUGCGAGCUUUAAACCAACUUGAGACAGCUCUUUUGGCGGAUCGGAAUAUCACUGUUGGUAGCGAGCAGGAGCGGUGGUUAGCGGACCGUGACGAGGUCAUCCGCAAGCGAUAUAAAGAAGUGGUCGCCAACUGGGAGAGUUUGGUCAGGUCUGCUAAAGCCAGAUCAGACCGGCUUAGGGAGGCCCAGGAAAGAUACAAAAAGAUUGAAGAACUAUAUUUAACGUUCGCCAAGAAGGCCUCGGCUUUCAAUUCCUGGUACGAAAAUGCGGAGGAAGAUCUAACAGAUCCCGUCAGAUGUAACUCUGUCGAAGAGAUCAAGCUCCUCAAGGAAAGCCAUGCCAAUUUCAAGGAACAUCUUUCUGUCGCCAGGGAAGAGUUCGACGAACUCGUUGAAUUAGAUAGGUUGAUUAAAUCAUUUCGAGUAGGGCCCAAUCCUUAUACUUGGUUUACCAUCGAAGCCCUCACGGAUACCUGGAACAAUCUCCUUGCUAUCAUCGAGGAACGUCAAUUGGCCCUAGACAAAGAAGAAACUCGCCAAAUCGAAAAUGACAAGCUUAGGCGUCAGUACGCUCAUCACGCUAACGCUUUCCACACUUGGUUGGUCGAGAGGAGGACUGCUAUGAUGGAAUCAGCAGGCACACUGGAAGAGCAACUUGAGACCAUAAAGCACAAUGCCCAUUUAGUGAAAGAAUACAAAUCCCACUUGAGGCAAAUUGAAGAGUUGGGUGCCCUAUUGGAACAAAAUCUUAUAUUUGAUAACAGGUACACCGAGCAUAGCACCUUAAGUCUGGCACAAGAAUGGGAUCAACUCGAUCAUUUAGGAAUGAGGCUUCAACACAAUUUGGAGCAACAGAUUCAAGCCAGGAACACUUGUGGUGUUAGUGAAGAGACUCUCAGAGAGUUCGGCAUGAUGUUCAAACAUUUCGACAAGGAUAAGAGUGGCAAGCUGGAUCACAAAGAGUUCAAAUCCUGUCUCCGAGCCUUGGGCUACGACCUACCCAUGGUCGAGGAGGGCGAAUACGACUCCGAGUUUGACAGUAUUCUCAACGCCGUUGACCCCAAUAGGGACGGCUACGUUUCAUUGCAAGAAUACAUGGCCUUUAUGAUAGCCAAAGAAUCCGAAAACGUUUCAAGCAAUGACGAAAUCAUUGAAGCAUUCAAAGCCCUCACUUCCGAAAACAAACCCUACAUAUUAGCAGACGAAAUCAGAUCGAAUCUUAGACCAGACGAAGCCGAGUUCUGCCUUAAGAACAUGAAUAUAUACGUCGAUCCUAAAAGUGGACGGGAGAUAAGAGGGGCAGUUGACUACAUUGAUUUCACCCAAAAACUGUUUCAAAUCUGAAACUUAAAAUCAUUUAGCUACAUAAUUUAUAAAAAAAAUUAAUAUUGUUUUUAUUUAUACUUAUAUAUUAUAUUUACCAAUGUUACAAUAUUGAGAUAUUUUAUACUAUUGCUUUUUUGCUACAUUGCAUUUUUAUUGUUGAAUUUUUUUUAAAACGUAGGUUGAAUAUUAUAUUUAAAUUUAAUACUUUUUACAUUACAUUUACUUAAUUAUUGCUUACAUGCCCCUUUUAUAGAGAAUAUAUACCUGUAGCAUCUAGCCUUUUAUACA